GGUCGUGAAGGGUGAUGUAGUAUGUUUGCGUGGAAUUUCUUGUGGGGAUUCGAGCUAGCUGUGGUGUGGAUGGUUGAGAUGUGACAUGCGGGGUUUCCAGUGAGGGAAAUGGUGGUGGUGAUGAAUGGCCGUAGGGAGAGUGAUAUAAGUGGUUAAGAUUUUUGGCGCAUUGGAGGUUUGAUUAGGUGUGUUGUAGGAGGAGUUGCGGUGGCUGUGGUUUGGAACGAGUUUGGACGCUAGGUUUCCCGUGUGUUGAAUGAUUGUGUUUGCAUCUGAUGGUUGUGGAACUCUCUCCCGGCCGUGUGGUUGGCGGCUAUUUGAGAUUCUCUGCUUGUCUUGUAGCGCUUUGUUGCGCUUUGGAGCUAGUUUCUUGGGCGUUUCAGGUUUUCCUGGCAAGUGCACGGAUUUCUCUGCGUUGUAGUCUGCAUCUGACCCCGUUGUGUGGUCGAAUUCCGGGUUUGAGAUGAAACAUUUUCGGAUAACAUUGACACGUUUUUGAGUUGUGGCUAAUGGCGUGAAGGGAUUACAUGUGGACUCUCGCUGUUGGCGUCCUUCGAACAGAUGUAGUUAGUUUAGGGAGUUACUAGUUUUCCUUGCAUUGCUUGACAGGUAAAGCUCUUGUUGUCAGGCGUUCUCCAUGGUUGCUGCCGCAUUUGAAUCAUUGAAGUCGGAAUUUGGACGAAGUACAUCAGGGCGGCUGGACGCUGUCAUUCUUCGUAGAUCUACGCCUAUGCGGUUGAAUACUGUGGGAAGAGUUGGGGAAGAGAUCUCUUGACAGGUUGCACAUGAAUGCCGCUGGUUCAGAGAUGCUAGGUGUUAUGGUAGCAGGCUCUACGGUACCUGGCAUGACCUCAGUCUCUGUCUCAGAAGAAGGUUCCAAAAAAAUACGAAAACCUUACACCAUCACUAAGUCGAGGGAAAGCUGGACUGAGCAGGAACACGAUAAAUUUCUCGAUGCGCUGCAACUGUUCGAUCGUGAUUGGAAAAAAAUUGAAGCUUUUGUGGGGUCCAAGACAGUCAUCCAGAUCCGAAGCCAUGCACAAAAAUAUUUUCUGAAAGUUCAGAAAAACAGAACUGGCGAGCAUGUUCCUCCACCACGUCCGAAACGCAAGUCCGCUCAACCAUACCCGCAGAAGGCAUCAAAAUGUGUACCAGCUCAACUGCAGGUUUCGGAUGGAUUAAGAACUCAUUCUGGACAGACAGAGUCCAGCCAUGGUACAUGUUCUCGAAUACCUUCCAUGUCCCCUGCAAGCCCGUCUGUCUCAGCCUGGGUUCAACAAUCAGUCUCUCCUAACACGAGUAUUUCUUAUGAUGCCCCUGGCACCAAACCAGAAGUUGGAGGCGUAAGUUUGACUUCUGUGCGCGCUUCGAGUAACAGCAUCAGUGGUAGUUCCCCAGGAGGUUGGCCACAUGUCGUGUCUGCAAGUCCACUAGCACCUGAUUCCUGUAUACGAGCUGCGCCUGAUUUUGCGGAGGUUUACAAGUUUAUUGGCAGCGUGUUUGACCCAAUUGUUUCUGGUCAUCUUCGAACGCUCAAGGAAAUGGCUGCCAUUGAUCGCGAAACGGUUUUACUUUUAAUGCGUAACCUCUCCAUUAACCUGUCCAGCCCCGACUUCGAUGAACAUAAAUUAUUUAUGCCAGUAAUUGAUAAGAAUGUAAUAAGAGAAAAACCCUCUGAGGCAGAGGACUCGACAAGUAUUCCAGGCGCUGUUCCUCAACCUUGUUCGCAGGAUGCAGGUGAAGCAACCACGUGCGUAUCUGGUCAAGGAGGAACGCCUGCACCCUCUACACCCUUGCUCGUUGGUCCAAGAAGUGGAGACUCGGAUCACAGUCAACAAAAAGCAUCGUUGUUGCAAACAUUCGCAGACAACACUACUGAUGCUGAGACACCUCGAAGGCACUCAUAUGAUGGAGGCGGAACAAUGUCAGCUUCGUAUACUAGCUGUUGUGUGUCUCCUGCUUCACCUGGAAUCCUUGAACCUGGAUCAACAGGAUUGCCCACUUCUACAGCACUGCAACCGCAGAGCCCGGUUUUGACAUCAGAACCGGAAAGUGUGUACUCGUUACCUAGAUUACCCAGCUUACCGAGUUUGCCAAGCUUGCCUAGCCUGCCUAGUCUGCCUGCAGGCUUAGUUGGAGAUGGGAUCGGUGUAGAUAAUUGGUGGACUUGAAGGAAGUCUUGGCUUUUUGAUCGAAAUGUGUAAGAACUACAGAGUCACAUGGUUCAAUUUUUGGGUCCACUGUGCAUACGAUGUGGCUUCUGUCACAUGUGAACGAGGUUCCUGGCCUUGCGGGAGGUUUCCAUUCUGCAGGGUGCUGAACAGGCCAAUGGGAUUCCUCUCACGAAUGUGGAGAGUGUAAUAGAUUGCGGUUAUAUUUUGUUUGUUUUUUUUUUGUUUUUUGUCGCUUUCUUCGGUGUUUGUGAGAACGUUUGACCUUCGCAUUUCUUAGAAUCUGGCGUGUACAUUUUUAGGAAUCUCUCAUUUAUGAAUUCACCACAUUCUAUUUUUAGGAGAUUCACAGCUAUCUGAUCACUUUUGUGUAUCAGUCCAGAGGCAGUUGACGAGGUUAAGAUUAUCCUUCUUUAAAUAUAAGGAUCUAGGUUAGUUUUUGGCGAUACUACAUAAAAAAUUAUUCAAAGGUCUUGUAAGAGACUUGUACCUGCAUUAUUCGCAAUCAGGCUUGGUCUGUUCAACACAGGAAUAGAUGUACAGAUAGUUAACUAUGAGUUUCAUGUUAA